CUCAAAGAGAACUUGGUGCCUUUCUUCUCAUUGAAUGAAUCUCAAGCGAUGGGUCACGGGACAUAGACUAUGUUCUUGGUUCGUAUUGGUCUCGGGGAAAGAAAAGGAUUGAGAAGAAGAUAUUUCGCAGCUCUAGCAGAAACUUCUCGAGAUCUUGUCGAAGAUUCGCAAGCCUCGUACGCUCGCUCGCUGCGCCAUUGCCGAGCUCAAAGAUCUCCUCCAAGGCAAGUCCGUCCACCGCCGGAUCAAUCAGGCAGGCCUCCAGAGAAAUUUCCAGCUGGGCAAUCUCCUCCUCCAAAUGUAUGGAAAUGCGGGGAUUUAAGCAGCGCUCAAGAAGUCUUCGAUUCCAUCCCAGAAAAACCACGCUCGCCUGGUCCCUAUUCGUCACCGCAUAUGCCCAGAAUGGGCAUACCAGGUCUCUACGACUCUAUGCAAAGCCACGGCCUUUUUCCAAGUGACUUUACCAUCUCGGUGGCCCUCAGCUCCUGUUCCAGCCUCAAGAGCUUCGAGCGAGGAGCGAGGAUCCAUCGCUGGGCUGACGAGCACGGCUAUGGCUCCAACCUUCUCGUCCAGAACGCGCUCGUCAACUUCUACGCAAAGUGCUCCAAGAUCCCAGAGGCAAUGAAACUGUUUGGCGAGAUGAGCGAGCGAACGAGUGUCACCUGGAACGCAGUCAUUUCGGCUCACGCCCAGAACGAUCGCUGGCACUCUCGAUCUCUAUCGCGAGAUGCUGGCCGAGGCUGUCGAGCCGAUGUGGCUGCCUGGACGGAAGCUCGAGCUAUCUUCAAUGGAAUCCUGGAGCGAACUGUCGUCUCGUGGUCUGCCAUGAUCGGAGCUUAUGCUCUCCAUGGCCGCGGCCAGGAAGCUCUCCUUCUCUUUCAUAGGAUGAGAAAAGAUGGAAGAGUGGAGCCGAAUGCCAUGACUUUCACUGGAGUUUUCAAUGCCUGUGGCGUGGUCGAGGAUCUGGAGCAAGGCAGAGAGAUUCACGCUCUCGCCAUGGCGAGUGGAGAGCUCAAAUCAUCCAGCCCCAUCCUGGAGAACGCGCUGCUGAACAUGUUCGUGAGGUGUGGCAGCCUGGAAGAAGCUCGCAAAGUCUUCGACGCGAUGGAUCAUCCGGACGCCUUCUCAUGGACGAACAUGAUCACCGCUUGCACAGAGAACUGCGAGCUUCUCGAGUUGGCAAGCAAAUCCAUGCCCGCUUUGAUGCCAGCGGCUUUCUCCGCCAUGCAAACCAGGAACUCUGUAUCCUGGACUGCGAUGAUUGCCGCGCUUGCUCAGCACGGCCAGGGCGAUGAAGCUCUCGAGCUCUUCAAGGAGAUGAACUUGGAAGGCAUGGUGGCCGACGCCACCACUUUCAUCUGCGUUCUCUGCGCUUGCAGCCAUGCCGGGCUCAUCAAGGAGAGCCUCGAGUUCUUCCACAGCAUGGUGGAGGACUACGCCAUCGCUCCAACUGAGACGCACUACUGCCGAGCGCUGGACACGAUUGGCCGCGCGGGGCGCCUCCAGGACGCCGAGGAGCUGAUCCACAGCAUGCCUUUUCACCCCGAGACAGUGACAUGGAAGACGCUGCUCAACUCUUGUAGAAUCCAUAGCCAGGCCGAGCGAGCUACAAAGGUAGCGGAGCUCCUCGCGAAGGUCGCGCCCGAGGAUAGCAUGGCAUACACGCUGCUGGGAAACGUCUACGCUGCCACCGAGAGAUAUGGAGACCAAAUGAGAGUGAGGAAGAGCAUGACGGAUCGGGGCCUCAAGAAAGUACCCGGGAAGAGCUUCAUCGAGGUGAAGAACAAGGUCCAUGAGUUCGUCGCUGGCGAUCGAGCUCAUCCCAGCCGAGACGAGAUCUUGCUAGAGUUGGAGAAGCUCGGCGGAAGGAUGAGAGAAGCCAGGUACGUUCCAAACACGAAGGACGUCCUUCAUGCCGUGAACGAGGAGGAGAAAGAGCAGCUGAUUGGAUUGCACAGUGAGAAGCUGGCCAUUGCGUUUGGGUUGAUCGCCACACCACCUGGAACUCCUCUCUUGAUCGUCAAGAACCUCUAAGUGUAUUAUCAUACUUGUUUUGACAAUAGUAAAGGUACUAAGAGUUAGACUUC